CUCGAAGGUUGUGGAAAGUACUCGCAUCCAAUGGUUAUGGAUGUGGAAUCAAUUGGAAAGUCUAGGAAUAAUGCUAUUCACCACGGUUAAUCUUUGUAAAACCUGGUUAAUUAUUGUUAAGGUGAAAAUGGCAAUUUCACCUAAAUUCACCAGAAACAACUUUCACAAAAAAUUACCAAUAUCCACCAGUUUUCAUUGCUAGUAAUUCACCAGUAGUAACCCAAAACAACCCAUAUCAACCCACAUCAACAGCGUCACGUAUAGCUCAUAGAGACCUCCUCACACGAACCGUCUUUUAUUUUUUAUUUUUUUUUUGUGAAUUCCCAGACCACACCUUAUCACUACUUCACCUUUACUUCGUUCGGGACUUUUUUUCCAAGGGCGUAUCAUCGUCACUAUCCUGUUGUUCAUCAUCCACAGGUUUCUUUCUGUUACUGCGGCGUUCUGAUGACUUCUUACCGCCACGACACCUUCCUGAUUUUUUUCCUCCACGACCACUUGACGUGUCUGCUGCUGUUGCUCCUCCUCCCUUUUGCCCAUCAUGUCCGCCUUGUGUGGAUGUUGCUUGUCUUGUUUGUCUUGUUUGACGGCGUUGUUGGCUUGUGCUACGAGCAUCAGUGCUGUUAUAAAUAUACAAAUAGUUGUUACCAAACACUGAUUAGAAUAGCUUCCUUUCCAGAUUUAUUUUUCAAAAGAAUCAUAUACUUACUUGGGAGCAUUCUGAAUCGUAGGAGAAGCAGGUUCUUGCACAUCUGCAACGCUCCUAGAAAACAGUCGCUCGUACAAUACGCUUCCCAUGCUCUUUUUCCCAAAAGAGAAUAUACAUACUGGCAGCACUUUCCACUAUCUGAUCAGCCGCUGCUUGCAGGGAUGAUGGUCUAAAUUGAAUUUGGCAUUGUGUGAGUGCGCAUAUACAGCAAGAAUUGCGUACAAAGAAAAAGUAAAUGACUUAUGUUACGGCAGCUUGGUCAGCGGAUCUUGUACUUGACGAUCUAUAUUUCACUCGCAGUGUUUAAAUAUGAGUAUACUGUUGAUCCAUACUAGGACAGGAAAAAUGUAAGCAACAGGGACAAAGAUAUCUUACCCUGAAGCACCACUUGACACAGAUCUGGAUCGCCUGAAUCAUCCGUACCAAGGUAAAUAUCGACCCGAAGUACAGCCGCCUACUACAAUAAAAAAAUAUUGUACUUACCCUGUCGAGCUAGCAUUGUCUUCAUAUUCAUCUGUAGUUGUGUAUGGUGGCGGUGAUGUACGUAGUGUGGGCGCCGUACUAUUAUGUUUUGACCAAAAUAUUCAUUAGUGCAAAUAAAAUAGAUAAAGAACACGGAAAGAAGCCAAGAUCAAAAAUCAUAUUACUUGU